CCUAAGUGUUGUUUAAAAAUUAGGCGUUUUGCCCAAAAUGAGUAGGCAGGGGCUCGCAACAAGUUCGAGUUUCUUCCGAAUUACACAUCAUCAGGACUCUCAACCCUUAAACAAAAUCUACAUGAUUAAACUAUUUCAAAUGACAUCAUUCUUAUUCCAGUGGCAUCCUGAUGAAUAUUUACCGAGUAAUAUCAGCAGUAUACUAAGUAGCAGAAAACGAGCUGCAAGAAGCCAUCCGUUCUCAACAAGAAUGAAUUUUUUCGCAUCAAUUUCUGCAUACUUCCAACAUUUUGGAUACGACGGGGAAGCUUGCUUAUUAAGAACUAUUUGCGAAAUAUCAUCCACGGAUUUAGGAGAAUACAAUGGUGCAUUUGGUUCUUUGUUACACGUUUUGUUUAUGCCUUCUGCUUCAAUGAACGAGCACCUUCCCAAUAUUUUCUAUGCCGCUGAGGAGUCUGGACAAACUGGUCGGUGUAACAAAUACAACAAUAAAUGCUCGAUAAGUUUCCUGGAUAUAAUCACUUCAAUAUAUUAAUUGCAUUUGAUUAUUUUAUAAUAGUUUAAAGCGCACCUCACUUUGGUUUUAACUCAAUAAACGUGUACUGUU